UAUUGGUGUCGAGAUGUCCAACCACAUUGACGACGGAGAGUUUGAAGAAUCUAUGCGCAAAGUCAAUCUCAUAAGUGGCAUUAUUAAGGAUUUGAGUUCACCAAAUGAAGCCAAGUCCAGAGUAGGCAUACUCAGAGCAGAAGAGCUGCUGGGCGAUGGUGAAAAAACGUGGGACGAGAGUUCACUGAAAACURUGCAAAACGGUACAUCAAUAAACCAUAAAGCUUUCGAAGACCUAGGCAAAUCCAAAGAUGAAGUACCCUCAGACGCUGCUGGAUUUAUGGCACACGUGGAAAGAGACGCGAAACAGAGGUCUGAAGCUAAGAAAAAAGAAAUAAAACGUUCAGACUAUUUGAAAACAAUGGGUAACUAUGAAUACCGCAAAGGAAACUAUGAAAAAGCUCUCAUCUACUACAAUCAAGCCAUCGACGUACGCAAAGAUAGCUGCGUGCUGUUCACCAACCGGGCGCUGACCAAGAUCAAUUUGGGUCUGAUGGACGAAGUGAUCAGCGAUUGCGAUCGAGCGUUGCGUCUCAAUGAUCGAUCGCUAAACGCCGUCCUCUACAAGGCUGAAGCAUUAUGGGGGCUGGGCGAUACCAAAGCUGCCGAGGAAUUGCUCGAGAUCKCCCUCAAAACUCAUCCCGAUCAUGCCACACGCAUACAAGACUACCAAAAUAAAUUGAGCUGCAGUCGUUAAUGCCCAUCAUGUUGUAAAAGUGUAAAUCUUUCGCCACCCUCAAGAA